AUGCGGUACGCAGCGAACUGUCUCUGGGUCAUAUCCCUCCUGGGCUCCCCAUCACAAGCAGCACACUCUCUCAAUACCAAUACUGAUACAACCCCGGCAAACGCAAACCACAUCUUCAACUCUAUCCAAUCAACCCUCCGCCACUAUGAAUCGUCCAUUUACCCAAAUGGCAUGUCCUUCUUCCUAGCCACUGUGCAAAAAGGAACACGCUUCUACCACGGCACGGGGACACCAGACCCCAUCGUUGGCGUGGAAUGGCUAGCCUUUAAACCGCAGCAUUCGCUGGGUUUCGCACAUCGUGCACACCGCAGAGAAAGAGGGAAGAGAUCGUUCCAGGAUGAUCAAGAUUACGAUCAAGCUCCCCUCGUGGAUGUCCCUGUCCAUCCCCAUGCCACCGCAAACACAGACAAACAUACAAGUGAAUCAAGCCCUGUCAACGCGGGAUACCUCCACACCUACGCCGCAGCAAAGGACCUCCGUCUCCUCUACAUCGACGGUAUGUCCGCCGGUCCGGGCGGAUCCCUCGAGUCCCAGGAUCGUAUCCUCUUCAACGAUACAAUUUCCAACCCUCCGCCCGGCCCGCGUCCCCCUGUUGGUGGUCCGCCUGCGGAACAGGAGCGUGCAUUUCAGACUUGUCGGAUGGUGAAGGAGGUUUGGGGGGAUCGGGUUGAUGGUAUUGCGCGUACGGAGGGUGAUUUUGAGAUUAUUCUUUGUGCUUUUGAGCGUGAUCUUGAGGUUGUUAGUAUUACGCAGACGAAGCCGGGCGCUGGUGGUGGUUGGAGGGGGAUGAAGGGCAUGAAGGGCGAUAUGAAGGGGAUUAAUGGUGGGAGGAAGGGUGAUAUGAAGGGGAUGAAGGGUGGGAGGAAGGGUGGAAGGAAGGAUGGUGGUGUUGAUUCACGUGGUGGUCCUGCUCGUGGUCCUCGUGGUCCUCGUGGACCUGGUGGACCGCCACAGGGUGGUGAUUGUUGCUCGAUCGAUGCACGGUAUGAUCAGUUACUUGGACAGAAGAUCCAUUUGGAUUUCGAUCACUUUGUUUCGGCGUUUGAGUACGGACUUGAUCUUUUCCCUGGUGGUUCGGAGAUCCCCUUGUUGGAUCACAUCCCCAGUGAGCAGUUGGAGCCUGUUCGGAGGGAUAUCAACGAUAUGGUUAAUACUCUGGAGCUGGCUGAGCAUCCGUUUAAUUGGCAGGCUGUUGCUGAUAUGAUUGUUUUCCGGUACUCGGAUGAACUGAAAACUUUGGCAGCGGGCAAUUUCUCGUCUGUUGAUGCCCUCCGGGGAAGGAUUGAGGGUGUUCUGGAGCCUUUUAUUGAUUAUAGGCACUUUGGAGCGAGAGAGGAGAUUGUUGGGUUGUGUCAGAAUGAGUUGAUUCCUGCUUCUGCUCCUGUCGAGUCUCUUGGUGGCCGGGUCGUGUCUUCGAUCUCUCGAAAGGUCUGCGAUACUUUGGCAUCGGGGCUGUUGGAUGAGAAGGAUUUGGAUGAGAUUGUGGCGAAUUUCAAGGAGCUUGUUUCGUUCCUGGGCUGGACCACGUGGAAGAACAAUGAUCGCGCUCUCUAG